AUGCAGCGAGCAGCAGCUCCCUCACAGAGUCGCAAGUCCGUCUUGUCAUCAGCACCCCGGUCACUGUCCUCUACUCCUUGUCAACAGACACCACCAACACAGACCAGUAAACAGGAACACGCAACUGACAAGACCACGUUGCCACUAACUGUGAACGAGAACCAACCAGCUGUUAAAACAACUCUCUUGCAACCAGGGGUACCUCAAACGACACCCAGUUUUCGGCCGAUGGUGCGACCAUUCAAAUCACCUAUGACUGCUGGCGCAGCAGGGACGAACACGCCUGGUCUGAAGCGCGCCCCGUUCAAGUCCCCUACCAGACCAGCGUUGACUCCAGCAUCAACCACAGUGCGUACAACACCUACUGCUACUGCUACUGCCGCAUCUAUAUCUCUGGGACUCAACAAGCGCAAAGCCGAGUCCGCCGAAGCAACAAUCGCCAAGGAACCCAAACUAUCAGACUCGCCCUCAAGCGCAUCUAUAGCUUCCUCCACCCCACUACCAACACCAAAGCCAAAACUCCAAAUGACACCCCGCUUCCGAUCUCCCAACCUCGGAUCCCAAGCCCCGGUAGUUGCACAGACACCAGUCGAUGAACAAGAGCGAUGCUUUAACGUUCUGUGGAGAAAGAAGACUGGCAAGAAACACAAGACAUGGGACGGGGAUGGAGUUAUUAUUGAAAAGGGUCUGGUCCUGCCUUUGCGAAUCUCGGUGCUGGAGACGAAAUCUCAUUUGGUGGCAAGGACAUUGAGGUUCGGAGACAUAUCGAACUGGAAGAUGCUUCCUGACCAAAGCAACUAUGCCGAUACCAUCUUCUGCGCCAGGUCGAUCUUGCAUCCAACAAAGUUCAAACAACACUCUUCUGUCGCCAACGCCGUUGAGAAGCCAUGGAUGCCACCUCAGCCUCGCUACAACCCAGAUGCGCUUCAUGCUCUCCUCUUGCCUCGUCCUUCCAGCUCACACCCUCGUGUUGUCAAAGGCGGUACCAAUCGCCCUCCGGGAGACAUUGGCCUUGUUGAUGUGGUGGUUGAUCCAAUUCUUGGGCAAUAUCUCCGUCCACAUCAGAGAGAGGGUGUCCGGUUCCUUUACGAGUGUGUGAUGCAGAUGAAGGAUGUGAAUGGACAAGGCGCUAUCCUGGCUGAUGAGAUGGGUCUCGGAAAAACACUCCAGACCAUUGCCCUCCUGUGGACGCUUCUCAAGCAGAGUCCUUACCAUGGAGAGGAAUCAUCUGUCGUCAAGAGAGCUCUCGUCGUCUGUCCGGCAUCGCUCGUCAAGAAUUGGCAAAACGAGUUUAGGAAAUGGCUGGGAACAGAACGACUUCGUGUACUCGCUGUGGACUCCAAGUCAUCCAUCACAGACUUUACUCUGGGCAAGGUGUUUUCCGUCAUGAUCAUCGGAUACGAAAAGUUGAGAACUGUGCAGGAAGAGAUCAAGAACGUGAACUUAGACCUGAUUGUCUGCGACGAGGGACAUAGGUUGAAGACGGCAAAUAUCAAGAUUGCACAGGCUAUUCGGUCGUUGUCUACCAAGAGGAGGAUCAUAUUAACAGGCACACCGAUCCAGAACGACUUGGGAGAGUUUUUUGCUAUGAUUGACUUUGUCAACCCUGGAUUGUUUGACAACUAUGGCUUGUUCAAGAAAGUGUUUGAGGAUCCGAUCGUCCGUUCAAGACAACCCGAUUGUUCCAAAGCAGAAGCCGCCUUGGGCCUUGAGAGGUACCGUCAAGAGGAGGACGCUGAAGCGACAGGACUUUACAGUGGUAUCAAAUCUAUGGUCCAACAAACCCAUCCAGAUUGCCCAGAUAGCUCAUGGAUCGGAGGUAAGAUGAGUAGUGGAUUGAGCGUCUCGACUGGUGAGUUCUACCAUCCUAUAAUGCUGUUGCCCGGUACAAUGGCGACUGCGCUGGCUUCUUUCGUCCAUGCUAACCCUUCCGGCAUCUCCAACCCCGUCGUACAACGUAGAUCAUGUUUGAUAUCGAAUGGUAAGCAGUUGGCUUCAAUCGAGGACUGUGAGUAA